AUGCACCCCAACCUCCGCACCCUCGCCGGCCCCUGCCUCCCUCCCCUCAUCCGCCUCGGCCCCCACUCAAUACGCAACCUCUCCACCACCGCCCGUCCAACCCUCACCCAACCACGACACCUCUCCACCUCCACCCCCCUCCUCCCCCGCCAUGCCUCACCCACCACCCCCCUCCUCGCCCCGCCCCAAUCCCGUGGUAUCGCUGUCACCGCUAUGGCCCCCGACGGUGCAAUGUUCAGCUACCCUCCCCCUUCGCCUGGCGAGGACUUCAACGUCGUCAUGGUUGGUGCCGGUAACAUCAUGUUUGGUUCAGACGAGGGUCCUUGGAACCACUCUUUCCGAUUCGAGCACAAGCUUGGUCCACGACUCAAGGUCACUGCACUCAUCGACCCUUCUAUCGGUCGAUCCGAAGCGGUCCUUGACGGCAAGCGUCAAUCCUUUGUCGAGUCGGCCUACAAGGACACCAAGGUGUUCAGGACUAUCGAGGACUACCACGCAGACCUCCGCGCCCAGAACCAGUACGACCCUCACGCCAUUGUCGUCGGCUGUCCCCCUGCCUACCGAGGUGGUACCACCAAGGGCACCGAUCUUGAGAUCCAGCUCAUCAAGCUCUUCCCCAAGACGGCCUUCUUCAUUGAAAAGCCCGUCGGUACCGGAACCGUAGAAGCCGCCAAGGCCGUCACCCAAAAGCUCAUUGACAAUGGCAACAUUGUUUCCGUCGGCUACAUGCUCCGAUACCUCCGUUGCGUGCAAAAGAUGAAGCAGAUCAUCCACGACAACAAUCUCACCGUCAUGGCAACCAACGCCCGAUACUCGUGUGCCUACGAGGCUAUCGCCAAGCCUGCUUGGUGGAACAAAGCUAUCGACAUGGGACCCGUCAUCGAACAGGGCACCCACUUCUGUGACUUGUCCAGGUACUUUGGUGGUGACGUCGACAUUGACACUGUUGUCGCCCGUUCCGUCGAGUGGUACGAGGAUCCCGGAAAGCUCUCCAAGAUUCCCAUCGACGAGAGCAAGAUUGACGAAGAGCUCCGUAUUCCCCGUUUGACCAGCGCCAUCUGGAAGUACGACAAUGGUGCUUGUGGUUCCUUCCAGCACGCCGUCGCUCUCCAGGGCCACGACUACUCUUGCGAGCUUGAAGUCUGGGCUGAUGGCUUCCACAUGAGGCUUGUCGACCCUUACAACUCUCCCGCCCUCUACGUCCGACGACCCGGAGACGACCAUGAGGAGCGACACCACUUUACCGACGACGACCCCUUCUUUUCUGAGGUCUCUUCGUUCAUUGACGCUGUCGAGGGUGGACCCGACCCUCACAUCCUUUCAUCUUUCGAGGAUGCCACCAAGUCUUACGAGCUUACCUGGGCUAUCCGUCUCGCUGCCGAGGCCUCCAAAAAGAUCAAAGCCUGA